CAACGCGAGCAGCAGAUCCAAUUAGCCCUUGAAGACUUUCGCACAGGUGGCUGUACAUCAAUCCGAGCUGCAGGGACUGCGUACGGCAUCCCAGAAUCCACGUUGCGCGCGCGACUCAAUGGAACACCAAACCAACGUACCGCCCACCAACAUCGCAAGAGGCUCUCAGUUCUACAAGAGAAGUUCCUUGUUGACUGGAUCCUCGAACAAGAAUCA